CUGCCCGCAGGAGCUGGAAGCAUGGGCUCCCCAGGGGCCUUGGCAGGCUGGGGGCUUCUGGAUUACAAAACGGAGAAGUAUGUGAUAACCAGGAAUUGGCGGGUGGGCGCCCUGCAGAGGCUGCUGCAGCUUGGGGUUAUGGCUUACGUGGCAGGGUGGGCUCUCCUCGCCAAAAAAGGAUACCAGGAGCGAGAUCCGGACCCCCAGAUUUCCGUCAUCACCAAACUCAAAGGGGUUUCGGUGACCCAGAUCAAGGAGUUGGGUAACCAGCUGUGGGACGUGGCGGACUUUGUGAAGCCACCACAGGGAGAGAAUGUGUUCUUCUUGGUGACCAAUUUUCUCGUGACGCCAGAACAAGUUCAGGACAGAUGCCCAGAGCACCCCUCCAUCCCGCUGGCUAAUUGCUGGGCCGAUGAGGACUGUCCCGAAGAGGAGACAGGGACGCACAGCCACGGCAUAAAAACGGGCCAAUGUGUGGAAUUCAAUGGGACCCACAGGACCUGUGAGAUCCAGGGCUGGUGCCCUGUGGAGAGCGGCACCGUGCCCGUGAAGCCCCUACUGGUCCAGGCAGAGAACUUCACCCUGUUCAUCAAAAACACUGUCACCUUCAGCAAGUUCAACUUCUCCAAGUCCAAUGCCUUGGACACCUGGGACGCCACUUACUUCAAGCGCUGCCGCUAUGACUCACGCUACAGCCCCUUCUGCCCCGUGUUCCGCAUUGGGGACCUCGUGGCUGCGGCUGGAGGGGUCUUUGAGGACCUGGCAUUGCUGGGAGGUGCCGUGGGCAUCCGAGUCCACUGGGAUUGCGACCUGGACGCUGGGGGUUCCGACUGCCGGCCCCACUACUCCUUCCAGCUUCAGGAGAGGAGCUACAACUUCAGGACAGCCACUCACUGGUGGAAGGCCUCAGGUGUGGAGGCCCGGAGUCUGCUCAAGCUCUAUGGGAUCCGCUUCGACAUCCUCGUCACUGGGCAGGCAGGGAAGUUCGGGCUCAUCCCCACGAUCAUCACUCUGGGCACUGGAGCAGCUUGGCUGGGUGUGAUCACCUUCUUCUGUGACCUGCUACUGUUGUACGUGGAUGAAGAAGCCCAUUUCUACUGGAGUACCAAGUAUGAGGAGGCAAAGGCCCCGAAGGUGACCACCAACCCUGAGCAGACAGAGCCAGCUUCUACACCCCCGCACGUGGCUGCCCAGGUGUCUUAG